UCGGGUUCUCAAACAGAGCUGUUCUUUCCAUUGGAAUUAGUCUCUGAUGACAUCAUGGCGACUGCAGCAGCAGAUGAUCUGCAUCCUCUGAGGCGCUGUUGGAGUAUUGAAUGGAUGCCACCUCACAUGUCUGAGUUGAGGGUUGUUCUGCUGGGGAACUCAUGGUCUGAGAGGAGUUCAGUGGGGAACGUCAUAAUGAGAGAGACUGUGUUCAACACUGGAAAAGAAGCAGACCAAUGUGAGCAAGUCAGGAGACAAAUAAAGGAGAAAGACAUAGUUCUUAUCAACACUCCAGAUCUGCUUCAUGCCACCAUCUCUGAAGACAAACUGACAGAACAUCUGACAGACUGUGUGAGACUCUCUGAUCCUGGACCUCAUGUGUUCCUGUUGGUUCUCCAGCCUGAUGACUUCACUGAGGAACACAAACAGAGAUUCUGUGGAGUUCUUAAACGCUUCAGUGAUCAGUCAUUUGAUCAUUCACUGAUACUGAUAUCAACACCCAGAGAGCAGGGCUCAAGUAGUGUUAAGAUAUAUUUACAAAAUCAACCCUUAAAAGAGAUGAUCAGAGAAUGUAGAUACAGAUAUUUGGAGCUGGCAAACCUUGAACUUCUAGAGCUGUUGACACGUUUCAGUCAAAUUGCGAAAGAACACAAUGGAGAGCAUGUCAGCUGUGAAGUGUUCAUGGAUGAUUCAGUCGCCCCAAAGUCUGGUCUUAUGAAAACAGCUUUAAGCCUGGUUCUGUGUGGAAGUAGAGGAGAGAGGAAGACUUCAGCAGCUGAGGCCAUUUUAGGUCAGACAGAUCUUCAAUCAGUCUCCAGCUCAUCAGAGUGUGUUAAACAUCAGGGUGAGGUGUGUGGACGUCGGGUUUCCCUGGUGGAGCUUCCUGCCUUGUAUGGAAAACCUCUGGAAGAAGUGAUGGCGGAAUCGUUCAGAUGCAUCACCCUCUGUGAUCCUGAGGGUGUCCAUGCCUUCAUCCUGGUCUUACCUGUGUGUCCACUCACUGAUGAAGACAAGGAAGAGUUUAAGACCAUCCUAAGCACAUUCAGCUAUGCAGUCAAUGACUUCACCAUGGUUCUGUUCACUGUCGAGUCAGAUCCAUCAGCUUCAGCAGUUGUCAACUUUGUACAGAAAAACAAAGACAUCCAGGAUCUCAUUCAGAGAUGUAGAAGUUUUGUUCUCAACAUCCAUGAUCAGCAGCAGAUUCAAGAGCUGUUUGACAAUCUAGAGAAACAUAAACCUGGGAUUAAAAACAAACUACUCAGCUACACAACAGAAACAUUUGCACAUGCACAAGUGGAAAGGGUCUGCACACUACAGGCGGAGCUUAAGGACCUGAAAACAACAAGGAUAACCAGACGUGGUGAUGAGAAGCUGAGUCAAGAAGGUCUCAGGAUUGUGCUGAUAGGGAAGACUGGCUGUGGGAAGAGCUCUUCAGGAAACACCAUUCUGGGAAGAGACGUAUUUGAGUCUGAACCAGGCCAAAAGUCUGUCACUAAGCAUUGUCAGAAAGAACACUGCGAGGUGGAUGGACAUCCAGUCACUGUGGUCGACACUCCUGGUCUGUUUGACAAUAGCUUGUCCCAUGAAGAUGUUUAUGAAGAGAUGAUUAAAUGCAUCAGUCUUCUGGCUCCAGGACCACAUGUCUUUCUGUUGGUGUUAAAUAUCGGCAGAUUUACAUCAGAGGAGAAGGAGACAUUAAAACUCAUCAAGAAAGGCUUUGGGAGGAAUGCUGACAAGUUCACCAUCGUUCUUCUAACUGGAGGAGAUUCAUUAAAGCGUGCUAACAUGUCCACUGAAGAAUACAUUGAAAAGAGAUGUGAUGAUUCCUUUAAGAAACUUAUUGCUGACUGUGGAGGAAGAUACCACGUGUUUGAUAACUAUGAUGACAAAAACAAAACUCAAGUCAGUGAGUUGAUGACCAAGAUUGAAGAAAUGGUGAGAACUAAUGGAGGCAGCUGCUACACCAAUGAGAUGCUGAUAGAAGCUGAAGCCGCUAUAAUGAAAGAAACUGAGAGGAACCUGAAAGAGAGGGAAGAAGAGAUGAAGAGAGAGAUGGAAGGACUUAAAAGAAAAUAUGAAGAUGAAAUGAAAGCCAUGAAAAGAAGAAUGGAAGAACAAAGAGCAGAAACUGAAAAGCAGAGAAAGAUCAAGGAAAAACAACUUGAGGAAAACAUCAACAAAGAAAAAGAAGUGAGAAAGAAAGAACAAGAAAAAAGAGAAGAAGAAGACAUGAUGAGAAAACAAAAGGAAGAAAUUCAAAGACAGGACUGGGAACAGAAAUUUGCCAAUUUGGAGAAAAAGAAACGGUCAGAAUCGGAGCCAGAUGACACCAUUGACCGAAGGCUGGAGGAAGCUAGAGAAGAACUGAAAAAAGAAAAAGAUAAGUGGGAGAAAAAACUUAAAGACUGGUGGGAGGAUCGAUUUCAGGAAAAUGAACAGAUACGACAUGAGGAAGAAAUCAAACGAAAAAAGCUCCAAGAGGAAUACAAAAAGGAGAGAGAAGAGAAUGAAAAGAAAAGACAAGAAGAGGACCGAAUCGGAAAGCAACAAAAGGAAAAAGAGAAAAAAGCCUUUGAGGAAGAAUAUAAGAGUCUGAGGAAAACCUAUGAAGAGGAAGCCAGGAAGAAAGCUGAAGAGUUCAAUGACUUCAAACAGAAAUGUGUAGCUCUGAAGCGGGAGCAUCAGAAACAGAUCAAAGAACGAGAUGAGAAGUAUGACCUCUUACAUGCACUUUUUGACUAUAACGAAGAACACCAAAAGAAAAAACAUCGAGAGGAACUCUACAGCGUCGUAAAAUGUGUCACCAGAAAAAAAGAAAGUAUGCAAAAAGUCAACAAACUACUGAAACAACACAAAAAAGAAAUGAAGAGGUCAGAAACUGAAGAGGACAAAAAAUCCCUGCAAGAAACUCAUGAGAAUGAAAUAACUGAUCUGUUACAGGAACUCACAGAUCAAGUGAACGCAUCUCCAUGUAAGGUUUCAUGA